AUGGCGUCAGUCGACCACGAUCCUCUAUUGCUCCUGCGGGGGUCAAUCGCAUCCAAUAGUCAAAUCAUCCCGACCACGUCCGCCGACGCAUCUUCCGACAGCAGCGCCGAAGUGCCGCUCUCCCAGGCCACUCACCUUGUGUUCACCCACCCAACCCGUGUCGCUAUUCCCAUCGAUGCGCCGACGCGCUUUGUCUCCAACGGCAGCCCCGUCGAUCUCCGCAGUAUCUACUUCGCGUGGCUGAAUCAUGAAGUUGCCAUUCCAGAGUACAACGCUUCCGCGACCAAGCUUAACGAGGAACUGGCCGGUGCCGGCGCUGUACACAAGUUUGCCUUCGUCGAGCGCCUUGAGCUCAUCGCCUGGCUGGAAGGUGGAAGUGAAGAGAGUGAAUACAUCAAGCCGCUGGCAGGCGAAACAGGUGGAGCUUCCGCGACUGGUGCUGCUAGCACGACAGCUACCUCCAAGGUCGCCCCUACUGCUUCUGCGAGAUCUGGUCGUGGGACACUAGACCCCAGGCUCGCCCAGAUUUACAACGGCGAACGGCGCAUGGGGGAUCGUAACAGUGUUCUGAGGGGAAUCAAGCCCACAGAUUUCUCACACGUUCGUAAGCUCGCGCAAGCCUUCAUGUCUAAGAAGCCCGGCCCUACGGCAAUUACGAACAACCCCGCUCUUGCCAUCAACCAGAAGCCCGCGCGACGACCCGACCCCAUCAUCCUCCUUUCACCCUCCGCCUCUUCGCUUCUCCGCAUGUCCAACAUCCGAGACUUCCUCGAGAACGGCAAGUACACGUUGCCAGAUCACAACGCCUCCACCUCUGUGCUGCACCUGUCGCGCAUGAUGAAAGACAUCGACCCCAACCGCCCAAUGCGCUUCAUUCUCGUCGAAGGCCCGGAGCAGUUCAAGCCCGAGUACUGGAACCGCGUGGUGGCCGUCUUCACAACCGGUCAGUCAUGGCAGUUCAAGAACUACCGCUGGAGCCAACCAACAGACCUUUUCCGCCACGUUUUGGGUAUCUACGUCGGCUGGCGAGGCGAGCAGCCACCUGAGAGUGUGCGAUCGUUCGGUCAUCGGGUCCUAGCUACCUCCGUUGACAAGGUGCGUGAUGCGGGGGCGGCGGGCGCAGAGAACAGGUGGCGAGACAGGGAGGUGGUGGAGAAUAUCUGGAAGGCUAUUGAGGGGAACAUGCGUAGUAAGGGCUGGCGUAAAGAUGCUGCCCCGACGUCUAUUUGA